CGAUCCGAAUCCGACAUGCCAAUCAUAUCCCCAAUAAUCUCUAGUCCCAAAACCCAAACAAUCCGGCUGCACCUGCAACAGGCAUCCCCUCCCCUCCCCUUCGCUCCCCUUGUUUUUGUUUCCGUCGUUGUCGUCGCCGUUAUAAAGAGGGGCAGCUCCCUGCGCCGUUCGCCUCAUCACUCCCUCACAAACCCAGUCACCCACCUCCCCCACUUGCCUCUUCUCCUCUCCCAGCAGCAGCAGCAGCGACGCAGUCCUGCGGCACUGCCUCCAGUUUCGCAGCACCAUUCCCAUAGGCGGCCAUCGCUGUUGAUCACCCGGCGGCCCUCCUUCCUGCCAUCCAAACCUGCUCUAAGCCUGCGCAACAGCAACGAACGUACAGAAGACGUCGAUCGAUCGAUGGCCGCCAGCGUCGUCGACGGCAAUGGAGGCAGCGGAGGGCUGGUGGUGACGGAGCUGGGCCACGUCAAGGAGCUAGCGAGGCAGCUGGAGGCGCAGCUGGGCGGCUCCUCGCCCGACCUCUGCAAGCACCUCGCCUCGCAGAUCUCCUCCAUCGCCGAGCGCUCCAUCAGCCUGCUCAUCACCACCUCCUCCGGCCUCGCCGGCGCCCGGAAGCGCUCCGCCGUGCCCUUCGUCAAGGGCACCAAGAAAAGGAAGACCAUGGACAAGAAGAGGCAUGAGGUGAGGGUGAGCUCGGCGGCCGGCGACCACCCGGCCGACGACGGCCACAGCUGGAGGAAGUACGGCCAGAAGGACAUCCUUGGAGCCAAGCACCCAAGGGGAUACUACCGCUGCACGCACCGGCACUCUCAGGGAUGCGCGGCGACGAAGCAAGUGCAGCGCACCGACGAGGACCCGACCUCCUUUGACGUCGUCUACCUCGGCGACCACACCUGCGUUCAGAGCCAGUGGGCGGCGGCGGCGGGCCAGGCUGCCGCGGACGCGCUGGCGCCGGAGUACAACGGCAAGCCGGGCACCAACCUGACGGUGAAGACCGAGGGGCCGACCGUGGAGCCAGCUGAGCAGCAGGUGCAGGGCUGGGACGCGCCCACGCCCUUCUGCUUCUCCUCCACGCCGGCGACGGCGACGGCGAGCUGGUGCCUCGUGCCGGAGCUCAGCCCCCCUUUCUCCGCGCCGUCCACGUCCAACAACUGGGGCGUCUCCCCGGCGACCUCGGACUCCAACCACGUCGUCUCUUUCCCGCCUUUCGAGGUCGCCGGCGACGACGUGCAGUUCGGCCGGUUCGAAGAAGUCAUGUCAGCGAUCGACAGAGCCGACGGCGACGGGUUCCUCGACGACCUCGACAUUGACGUCUCAAGCUUCUUGGUGUGAUCUGAGUGUAAUGCAACUGAUGAACACUAGGAAAUGGGAAUCUGAGGCAGGCAGCUGGGCGAUGUGGCAUUCUGGCCUCCCUUCGGUUGCUCUGCCGUUUGUCCAGGGGCAGAGGAGGGAAGAACGCAGCAUGUUCCUCGUUCAGUGGCAGUGCCUGUCAUAAACCUUAGAAUAUCAGAGUAGUGAGUGCCCCUUAUGUCUUUUUUUCGGUCGAGGGUUGCAAGUAAAUAGUAAUUUCGUAAUAGUGCUGUCAAUUUUUAAGCUAAACAUGUUAGUUUCUUCUUGUGAAUUUAAUAUCUUCCAACAAUUUGCGUGAUA